AGUGUAACCAUGGCUCAUGGUCCCAAGAAACAUCUGAAGCGUGUAGCAGCUCCAAAGCAUUGGAUGCUGGAUAAGUUAACUGGAGUUUUUGCUCCAAGACCAUCCACAGGUCCCCACAAGCUGAGGGAGUGUCUCCCACUCAUCAUCUUCCUGAGAAACAGACUGAAGUAUGCCCUGACUGGAGAUGAAGUAAAGAAGAUCUGCAUGCAGCGAUUCAUCAAGAUUGAUGGGAAGGUCCGCACCAAUAUUACAUACCCUGCUGGCUUUAUGGAUGUCAUUAGCAUUGAGAAGACGGGUGAACAUUUCCGUCUGGUAUAUGACACAAAGGGACGCUUUGCUGUUCAUCGUAUUACGGCUGAGGAGGCUAAAUAUAAAUUGUGCAAAGUGAGAAAAAUCUUUGUGGGUACAAAGGGUAUUCCCCAUCUGGUGACCCAUGAUGCCCGUACUACCCGUUACCCAGAUCCUCUCAUUAAAGUGAAUGAUACAGUUCAGACUGAUUUAGAAGCUGGCAAGAUCACUGAUUUUAUCAAGUUUGAUACUGGUAACCUGUGUAUGGUGACCGGUGGAGCUAACUUGGGUCGAAUUGGUGUGAUCACCAACAGGGAGAAACACCCUGGCUCUUUUGAUGUUGUCCAUGUAAAAGAUGCCAAUGGCAAUAGCUUUGCCACUAGGCUCUCAAACAUUUUUGUUAUUGGCAAAGGUAACAAGCCUUGGAUCUCUCUUCCCCGAGGAAAGGGUAUCCGCCUUACCAUUGCUGAAGAAAGAGACAAGAGAGUGGCAGCUAAGCAGAGCAGUGGCUAAAUGCUUGCAGAUAAGAAUUAGUAGGGUGUCAAUCAAAUUGAGAUGUUACAAUUUUUAACAAAAAAUGAUUACCCUACAAAAAUAUAAAAUACACAAAAUAAGAAAUAGGUAGCUUAAGCAACUCAGUCAAGUGAAAUUGAACAGGCCAUAAAUGCCUUUCUCUUCUUUCCUUGGAUUAGGGUACUGUGGGUAUGAAUGUUGCAUAAAAUGUUAGAAGAUGUAACUGUAUUGGUUUUGCUUAACUGCUUUUCUUUGUUACAUGGGACGGCUCACUGAUUGGAGGAUGGGGAGAGGACAUAUCCC